AGUGUGGAAAGGAUGUCCAUGACCGAGUCGGUCCUGGAGGGAAUGAACAUGCUGGACGCUGUUCUUGAGCAAGCAUCCUCCCCGGACAUGGACCCGUACAAGGAACCGGAGCAAGAGACGGUGUACGAGGUGGAACGUGAGGAGAGCGAGGUGCCACCUGAGUCCAAAAGGGAGACUGUCUACGAAGUGGAGCCAGAGCCAGCUUCAAUCAGAGUGUCGGAGCCAAAUCCGAGCCAACAGGCUGGUGAAUCUGUGCCAGUUUCUGACCCAGAGGUGGAUUUGGACCCAGUCGGAACAUCUCCAGCAUCGGAGAGCCCUUCUGUGCCAGACUCGGUCUUGGAAGAGUCAUCAACACAAGAACUUGGCGUCCCGGCAGGAGCUGUGCCAGUUACGGACACUCAAGACGUCUCCUUGCCAAGUGGAGAUGCUCUGUUGGCGGACCUCGAGUCCACCACCUCUCACAUCUCAAAGCGGCCAGUGUUCCUGCCUGACGAGACGCCCUACUCCUUCCCCACCGGAGGAAACGCGUACCCCGAGGUCUCGGACACGCCUCCGGUGCCGCCUCAUCCCACCGCAGAGGCGUUAAACGGCACCGCGCUCGACCCCCCUGACUCACACCGCUCCUCCACACAGUCGAUCGGGUCGGCCCAGAAAAGCACCUGGUCCAGAGACAGCAGCAGUCCCCCUCUUUCUCACAACGAGGAGGAUCACGUAUAUAGUUUCCCCAACAAGCAGAAGACUACUGACUCUGCAGCCGCAGGCAUGAGCUCGUCUCUGGGCAGUAACCUGUCGGAGCUGGACCGGCUGCUCCUGGAACUCAACGCUGUGCAGCACAGCACGCCCUCCUUCCCCGUCGAGGAAGAAGCACCCCCAGCCCUCCCCUCCAGCAGCGUCACCACACAGAAUGGCAUCUCGCCCCCCGGCAAAGUGCCCCCUCCUACUCUGGAGAAGCCCAAGCGUAACGCGGCCGGCCGGGGCAUCGAGGACGUAAGGCCCAGUGUGGAGAGCCUACUGGACCAGCUGGAGAGCUCAGUGCCAACCCCAGUCCCUGCCCCCUCAGUGGCCACAGUGGAGUUGAUUGACGGCGAGGAGGAAACGCCUUCCCAGCAACAGGCCCGAAUCUCCGCCUCCUCAGCCACACGAGAGCUCGAUGAGCUCAUGGCCUCGCUCUCCGACUUUAAAGUCCAAAGCAAUAUUAUGGCCCAGGGCAAAGGGGGCUCCCCCACCAGCCCUCCCAAACAAGGGAACAAGCUGGACAACAUGCUGGGCAGCCUGCAGUCAGACCUCAACCGCCUGGGCGUGCAGACCGUGGCCAAGGGCGUGUGUGGAGCAUGCAAGAAGCCUAUUGCUGGACAGGUGGUGACGGCCAUGGGGCGCACGUGGCACCCGGAGCAUUUUGUGUGCACCCACUGCCAGGACGAGAUUGGCAGCCGGAACUUCUUUGAGCGCGACGGGCAGCCCUACUGCGAGAAGGACUACCACAACCUCUUCUCCCCCCGCUGCCACUACUGCAAUGGACCCAUACUGGAUAAAGUGGUCACUGCGCUGGACAGAACAUGGCAUCCUGAGCACUUUUUCUGUGCACAGUGUGGCGCAUUCUUUGGGCCAGAGGGCUUCCAUGAGAAGGACGGGAAGGCGUACUGUCGGAAGGACUACUUUGAUAUGUUCGCCCCCAAGUGCGGGGGCUGUGCCCGCGCCAUCCUGGAGAACUACAUCUCGGCCCUCAACAGCCUCUGGCACCCCGAGUGCUUCGUCUGCAGGGAGUGCUUCACCCCCUUCAUCAACGGGAGCUUCUUUGAGCACGAGGGCCAGCCGUACUGCGAGGCCCACUACCACGAGCGCCGCGGCUCGCUGUGCUCCGGCUGCCAGAAGCCCAUCACGGGCCGCUGCAUCACAGCCAUGGCCAAGAAGUUCCACCCCGAGCACUUCGUCUGCGCCUUCUGCCUCAAGCAGCUCAACAAGGGCACCUUCAAGGAGCAGAACGACAAGCCCUACUGCCAGGGCUGCUUCAUCAAGCUCUUCAGCUAAGAGCGCGGCAGACCAGGCGGUGUGUGUGUAUGUGUGUGUGUGUGUGUUGUGGGUGAGCGGAUGUGUGUUUAGUGUGGCGCGUGCUGGACUGUGUUUGUGUGUCAUGAUUGUGAGGUUGAGUGGGAGAGAGGCUUUUUUUGUUGUGUGUUUGUGUGUGUGCUGGUGGCUAUUGUUUUUGAUCUUAAUCCAGAUCUUGAGAUUUCUUGUUUUUUUCUUUGCAUUUGUGUGUGUGCGCUUGAGCAAUAUUGACGAAUGGGUAAUUGUGAGCGUGUGUGUGUGUGUGUGUGUGUGUGUGCGUAUGUUUUGUGAGGUUACGGUGCCCGCAGCAGCAGAAAGUUUUCUAACAGGCGUGGAUAUAUCAGAGAGCCCAAAGAGAUUGUGUUUUUAAAUGUCAUUUUUAGAGUCAUGGGCGGGUCUGCCUCAGCCCACAAGCCCACUGAUGCGUAAAUGGCUGACUCGAGAAGAGAAGAUGCUUCAAACGAAACCAUGUCCCAGAUUGAAUUUCACUACCACCAGCCACAUUUCCAGGUGAACGAUUGGAGCUCGAUCUGCUUGAUUUAUAUGACUCAAUAUGUAACGCCUUGAGGUGGACUGUAUAACGAACCCUCUCCCUGACAAAACAGUGUUGGACAAAUCAAACCAGAUAUAUUUUUGUACUUGUGAAAAAAGACGACUCACAUACAUGUGCGCACACACACUGACUGCUAAUGCUGACUGCACACACACACACACACACACACAAACAGAGAGAGAGAGCUUAUCAUUUCAAAAAGCACGUGCACAGUUCUUUAUGUGUGUAUCUCCCUCCCCCCUUCCUUUCUUCCUCCCCCUCCCUUUCUCUCCUUCUCUUGAUCUAUUUGUCACCCAUUCCUUUUUUCUUCCCUUUCGGUGCUCUGCUUUCAACACCCUUCUUUUCUCCACUUGUGAUUUCCUAAAUAUCUGUAUGGUGCAUUCUGUGGCUUGGUUUCAACUUACCAGGCACAUAUUUUUCUACACUUUUCCUAUGGAAAUUUUUCAUACACAAGAGAAGCUUCGCCAACGCAGACUUUGUGACGCAUUUAAUCAUGACCUAACAAUUUUUAAAAGAAAGAGUUUCUAUAGUGUAUCAUGUGAAAUGUUACAAUCCUAGGGUUGCGCACAUACAGACACACACACGCGUGCGCACACACGCGCACACACGCGCACACACACGCACACACACACACACACACACACACACACACACACACACACACACACACACACACACACACACACACACACACACACACACACACACGGACUACUGCUCCAGAUAUUUAAGCGUAUGUGACAUCGAAUCUGCUCCACACUCUCCUGGUGUAGGGAUCAGUUGUCGUGAAGAGAGGAGUGUUUGGCUAAACCAGAUGCUGUGUCUGAUCAUGUGUUGGUUUCACACACGCCUUAGUUGGCAGAUGAGGAAAUCAUUAAUGUGAACUUUUUUCUCUUUUUUUUGUCUCUUGCUAGUUUCAUUUGAUCUUGUUUAAGUGUAACUGUCCUACUCUCGGGGUGUGGGAUUGUGGCUAAGGGGUUUAGUGUUGCAUGGUAAACCCCUCCCUCACUCCAGGGGCUCUGGAAGCUCCUUUUAAUACAUGUGACCUCUGAACUUUGACCUUUUUGAUCACUUCUGCUUCCUGCUGCUCUCCAUACUUGCUCUGGUGUCACUUUUUUGAAAAAAAGAACUUUAUUCUUUGUGUUUUCAUUGAUAUUCAACACACACAGACAUAUUUCAUUUCAAUUCAUUAAGUAGAGAACCAGUCUGUUUGAGGUCUGCGAAACCUCAGAUGUUGGCUCUCAAAUCAGAUAGAGCCAAGACAUCCUGUGAUAGGCCUGUUACUAUGGAGACAACUUUGACAUCACUGUAGACCCUAAUCUUUUUGUCCCCUCUUGUCAGUCUCCUGCAGAACAGGUCACAAUACUGGAGCAAUGUUUUUGUUUUUAUUUUGUAUUACUUUGUUUUAUUUCCUUUUUGGUCUUUUCAUUUUAGCUACUGUUAUUUUGCCCAAUCAUGUGUAGAAGUCUUAACUCAAGAGUCAGAGUUUUGUUGGGCAGGAUUAAGUAUGAGAUGUCUUACGUGUACAGUAGCCACUGUAAUAAUUGUUUUGGUCUAUUUGUUUCAAUAAUGAGUCAAUAAUAAUAAUUUUAAUAAUAGAUUAGAUUUACUUCAGGGUGACGGUGCAUUUUUUUUUUUUUUUUUUUUUUUUUUUUCUUUUGUGCACACUGACCGAUGACUCACAUACUGUAACAAAAAUAACAUUUGGGAUUCAUACAUACCGUAGAGCCAUGACUGUGUCUCUGGAUUUGCUGCCAAUUGCUUUGACACUCCACACCACACCACACCACACAACACAGCUGCCAUGCAGUGACAGAAAUACUCUUGGAUGACGAGGCAGGAGAGUGACAGACACCGUAGUCCCCCACUGGAACUCUCAAACUAUGCCUAUGCAAAGAAAAGCUGUGGUCUCUAAGUGGGAUCACGCAGUAACAGACGGGGAAGACCCAGAAGAUCUCACUUGGUCUCUUUCUGUCUCACACACACACAAGUUGUUUUUUGUCGCUGAGCCUCACCAUCACAGUCCUUAUGACCUGUGCGACCUUUGAACUGGAUCGCUCAGAUUACAAAUAAGAGCGGAGCCUGCAGGACUUCCUGUGUCCCUUUUUAAAAAUAAAUCAUUUCAGUUUUUAUCACGUGCUGUUUUUUUAAUCCUGGCUUUGUAGACGCGAGAGACAAUGUUGCAUAUCGGAGUAAUUGUGAAACAUGUAUAAUCUCUACAAUAAAUGUUAAUUUACUGUUAAGUCAUGCAGAUAGCUCCCAACUUGCUUCCUUGAGCAGGGCAAGAGGCAGAACAACAACAAAAAUAUUUAUUUACUAAAUAUUGAUUUAUUAAAUUGCUUUUAAUGAAUACAUAUUUAGUAAUCAUGAAAGGUAUAAGGUGAUUUAUUUUUAUUCUCUGUUUUUCUUUCUGGAUAUAAACAGAAACAGAAGAAAAGAAUGCUUGUGCCAAAAUGUCAAUGCAAUGUCUUUUACACUGUGUUGAGUUGAAAGGGGCGCUCGUGCUUCACGUUGUGAGCGGAUUGGUUCGGCCAUUAUGAUGUCACACGUGGCGCCUGGGCUCCCCAGUCAGUCAUCUUAUCAUUAUUCAUGUUCAAUUGUUUUUUUGUUUUGUUUUCUUUUCUAAACAAGUCACUGGAGGAGUAAUGUUGUGAGGUAUGUGAAUGAAUACACAAAGGAACAGCUCCAUAGGAAUCAGGAGAUGUGGACAGUUGCUGCCCUCUUCAUAACGCUACUGGCCUCCCUCCAGGGCCAGGGAGUAGUGUUAUGCUCCCCAGCACUGGAACUACACCGUGAACCUCUGGAAGGGAGAGAGUCAUAUCACACAUUAGCUAUUCAUGACUUUUAUCAGGUUCCUUUGCACAGGUGUAUUAAUCAAGCCACCAUGCAGUCUGCAUUGAUAAUCAAGGUGCUUGAUUGUAUACACCUGUGGAAAGGGACCUGAUGAAACCCAUGAAUAAACCUGCGUACCUUUUACUAGAUGACCACAGGUCUGGGGAAGCCAAUUUAUCUGGACAGUGACUGUGUACAUUUAGUUGGUUAUUGUAUCAGGCAGUGCUUUCUCUGUUAGUAGCAGCUAUUGGGGAUUGGAGGGGCAGGCAGUCAGGUACAUGUGAGCCAAUGGAGCUGUGCCUUUGGGGGAAGAAAUGCAAUGUGGACGGAGUGUUGGGGCUGACAUUAAUGUCCAGCUGUUUACACCGUUAUUUGUGAUCACGGGUUGAUUAUACUAUUUUCAGACUGUCGCUGUCGUGGGCCUUGCCUUGAUUCAUGCAUUUCUUUUUACCUCUGCCAACCUUGCUUUUUGAGGAAAUCACUGCCUUUGGUCCUUCCUCGUCAGCCCUGUCCAAUAUCGUAUUAAUACAGCCAAAGGGAACCACCCCUUUUUACCUCUGUCGGAUCCCAUCUUUUCUGGUAUUGUUUUCAGUGCUAGGUGUUUUCUGAUUACUUCUGUAUGAAUCCUGAUUGGAUUUCUGUACAGGGUUUGUGACCCUGGAGAGCUUAUGCAUUUAAAUUUCAUGUGAUCAAUGCCAAUAAAGAAAAUCUAUUCUCGAGACAA